AUGCCGCAGGUAAUGGUGGUGGCACGGAACUUCAUGGAUAUGGUGGCUGCUCUUCCUGCGGGCAAGCUCGAUAUGCUCUAUGACUCAGCCUUUAUCUGUGAGGCGGUACUCAGGUCACUUCCCCCACUGGCAAAGAAGUAUGCACUGCAGAUGUUGUAUGUGCUGGCACCGGUGACCGCUGCAGCAAUGGAAGAGUGGGUGCUAAAUGAAUAUGCUGCCAAGCACAAGGUUGCCAUUGAUAAGCUUCUCCAACUCAGGGUCUUUGUUGAAGUGCGCGACAGACGACGGGACGUGAGCUACAAGAUGAAUCAGAAGUUCCAGGGAAACAUGCAGAAGUAUUUGGUUGAUGGUGGAAGUUUACCAAGGGAACCUUUACCAUUAAGUGUCACUGGUCGAUUGCCCACACCAGCAGAUCUGGAAUCCUAUGCUCUUGAUCAAUGGGAGUGCUUCUUGUUGCAAUUGAUCAAUUCAUCUCAAGUCGAAAAAGGGACAAGUUUUAGCUCCUCCAUGAUGAAGACAUUUCAGCGUGGUCUCCUGAGUUCAAGGGAUGGUGAAGCUUCAAAGUUAACUGAGAAUGGCUUCCAAUUUCUUCUGAUGGAAACAAAUGCACAACUUUGGUACAUAAUGAGAGAAUACAUUUCAUCUGCAGAGGAACGUGGAGUGGACCCUACAGAGCUGAUAUCAUUUCUCUUGGAACUUAGCUUUCAUAAAUUGGGAGCGGCUUAUAGCUUGAAUACUCUGACUGAUGUCCAAAGGAUUGCCAUCAGGGAUCUUGCAGAAUUGGGACUAGUCAAACAGCAGCAGGGUCGAACGGAUCGCUGGUUCAUUCCUACCCAACUGGCUACUAAUCUCUCAGCAAGCUUGUCAGAUUCGUCAUCUAACAAAGAGGGAUUUGUGGUUGUGGAGACAAACUUUCGAAUGUAUGCAUACUCUACUUCCAAACUGCACUGUGAAAUUCUACGCCUUUUUUCAAGGGUGGAGUAUCAACUUCCAAACCUCAUCGUAGGAGCUGUUACAAAAGAAAGUAUCUAUGGUGCUUUUGAGAAUGGAAUAACUGCUGAGCAGAUAAUUUCAUUUCUUAGACAAAAUGCUCACCCUCGUGUUGCUGACAAGAUACCCGUAGUCCCGGAGAAUGUCACAGAUCAGAUUAGGCUGUGGGAAACUGACCGCAACAGGGUUGAGAUGAUUCCAUCACAUCUGUACGAAGAUUUUCCUAGCAAGGAAUGGUUUGAACAAUGCUGUGAUUAUGCAAGGGAUAAUGGGUACUUGCUCUGGGAGGACUCUAAGAGAAUGAGACUGGUUGUACGAGGGGAGUUUCACCCUGAAAUGAGGGAGUUCCUCCGCAGGCAAAGAUGA